AUGAGGGUGAGCACACCCCCAACUCACACACCAAAGCUGAGUGAUGACCACACCCAUGUAUUAUUGGUGGUUUUUCUCAAUUCCCUUCUAGCCUCCCUUUUAACCUUCUGGCACCUGUCCACCACCGCCCAUGAGACCACUGUAUCAGUGCCACACCGAGUGGCUGAAGGAGAUGACGUCCUGUUCCUUGUCCACAGUCUGCCAAAGGAAAUUAAAUCUUUAGCCUGGUUCAAAGGGCAAGGAAACACAACAGAAAAGAUUGCAGCAUAUACACCACGCAACAAUUUAAGUAAGCUAGGUCCUGCGUACAGCAAUAGAGAGACAAUAUAUCACAACGGAUCCAUGCUGUUUGAGAAGGUCACCCUGAAGGACUCAGGAUUUUAUACGCUACAAACCUAUAACAGACGUGGAAAAAUUUUAUCAACAACGUACGUGACCCUCAAUGUGCAUGCUUUCCUUUGGAAGUGUGGGCGCCUUUCUACCUCUUCCCAGCCCAGGAUUGAAUCAGUGCCACCCAGCGUAGCUGAAGGGAGAAGUGUUCUUCUACUUGUUCGCAAUCUCCCAGAGCAUAUCACAGCCUUUCUCUGGUUCAAAGGAGAGAAUGACUUAAAGAAGCGCCUUCUGGCUUUCCACCAUUUACCAUUUGGAAAAACAGUUUUUUGGGGGCCUGCAUACAGUGGCAGGGAAACGCUCAACAGUGAUGGGUCCCUGCUGCUUCACAGUGUCAGUCAGAAAGACCGUGGAUUGUACGCACUGCGAAUUCUGAGAGCAGAUGGUAAAAGUGAAGAAGCACAGGUGCAGCUCCAGGUGGACAUGGCUACAGAUGGAGCAUGUGCUUCAGGGGAGUCCCUUCUCCUGAAUUCGGUGAAGGCAGGGCCUGUGGUUGCUCUUCCUUUGGGUGCAGGCAGGUCUAUGCCUCUAGUGGAUGCUGAUAAGACUCCAGGGUUCCUCUCCAUGUGCAGUCUGAGUGAAGCCUCCGGUGGUCACAGCUGUGGUUCCCUUUCUGCAUUCUGUAAUGCUCUCACUCCUUCCCAACUCAUGAUCCAACCAGUGCCUCGGUAUGCUGCUGCAGGUGAAGAUGUACUUCUCCAAGUUUAUAAUCUUCCAGAAGAAGCACGAGUAUUUUCCUGGCUCAAAUCAAACAAUGGGAGCCCAGCCCGUAAACUUGUAGUAUACAACAGAGACAAACCUUCUAUUUCCUGGGGGCCUGCACAGAGAAUAAGAGGGAAGGUGUUCAAAACUGGAUCCCUGCUGCUUCAGGAUGUCAUUGAGAAUGAUGCAGGGAUGUACACACUGGAAGUUUUAAACAAAGAUUCCAAAAUUGAAAGAGCAAAUGUGGAGUUUUAUUUAAAGAAGCCUGUGACACAGCCCUUUGUUCAAAUCACUGAUACCACAGUCGCAGGAGGUGCAUCUGUGACUUUCACCUGCAUUUCACCUGACACUGAUGUCUCCAUCCGUUGGAUCUUCAAUAACAAUACUCUAUACCUCACAGAGAGGAUGACUCUGUCCCCAACAAAGUGUGGACUCAGAAUAAGUCCUGUCAAGAGCACGGAUACUGGAAAAUAUCAGUCGGGCCCUACCCUACCUGAGCCAGAUGAGGGAGUUAUCUUUGCCUCUCCUAUGGUUUCGCAGCUGAUGCAGCCAGCAGCAUUUGGACCACACUGCGAGCUUGCCUUUCAUCUACAGCCACUCUUGCUCUUCCAGACAUCUCCCUUUCUGCUGCUGUAG